UGAGCUAUUUAGAGAGAAUGGCAAGCAGAGGCAGAUACAGACUCUGUAACCCACCUCUGCGGGUGCUUUAUCUCCACACAAGGUGCAUGGCUGUAGCCCCCAGCAGGUAGCACUUUUGAUGAUAAGGUACAGUUGGUCGGAUUGAUGAAGGAAAUGCCAAGCUUUGGGCAAGAAGCUCGCCAUGGAACGCCAACCUGUACCUCAUUAACCUUAAACUUUACAUUAGGGUCACUGCUUCAUGCCUUGGAGAGAUUGUGUGCGCUGUUUGUAUAUCCAUGGCAACUGCAUUGCCGAAACUGUGUGCACAUUUGUGUAUCCAUGGCAACUGUAUUGCAGAAACUGUGCGCAUUUGUGUAUCCAUGGCAACUGUAUUGCAGAAACUGUGUGCGCAUUUGUGUAUCCAUGGCAACUGUAUUGCAGAAACUGUGUGCGCAUUUGUGUAUCCAUGGCAACUGUAUUGCAGAAACUGUGUGCACAUUUGUGUAUCCAUGGCAGUUGUAUUACAGAAACUAUGCAUCAUUUGUGUAUGCAUGGAAACUGCAUUGCCGAAACUGCACAUUUGUGUAUCCGUGGCAACUGUGUUACAGAAACUGUGUGCACAUUUGUGUAUCCAUGGCAACUGUAUGGCAGAAACUGUGUGCACAUUUGUGUAUCCAUGGCAACUGUAUGGCAGAAACUGUGCACAUUUGUGUAUCCAUGGCAGUUGUAUUACAGAAAACUAUGCAUCAUUUGUGUAUCCAUGGAAACUGCAUUGCCGAAACUGCACAUUUGUGUAUCCAUGGCAACUGUAUUACAGAAACUGUGUGCACAUUUGUGUAUCCGUGGCAGUUGUAUUACAGAAACUGCACAUUUGUGUAUCCGUGGCAACUGUAUUACAAAAACUGUGUGCACAUUUGUGUAUCCAUGGCAACUGUAUUGCAGAAACUGUGUGCACAUUUGUGUAUCCAUGGCAACUGUAUUACAGAAACUGUGUGCACAUUUGUGUAUCCGUGGCAGUUGUAUUACAGAAACUGCACAUUUGUGUAUCCGUGGCAACUGUAUUACAAAAACUGUGUGCACAUUUGUGUAUCCAUGGCAACUGUAUUGCAGAAACUGUGUGCACAUUUGUGUAUCCAUGGCAACUGUAUGGCAGAAACUGUGUGCACAUUUGUGUAUCCGUGGCAACUGUAUUGCAGAAACUGUGUGCACAUUUGUGUAUCCAUGGCAGUUGUAUUACAGAAAACUAUGCACCGUUUGUGUAUCCAUGAAAACUGCAUUGCCGAAGCUGUGUUUCUGUAUCCAUGGCAACUGUAUUACAGAAACUGUGCACAUUUGUGUAUCCAUGAAAGGCAGCUGGGUUACCCUGGUCCCUCUCCAAUGCCGCUAGCGAACACUGAGGGGCGCUUUACAGAAACCACUCAAAUACCUCUUUAUUAUUACGUUCUGGAAAACAACAGGCUAAUUUAUUUUUUGAUUAAGACUGUUUUUAUUAAGGAACCUUUGUAGCUAGUGGUGACAUAUUUUGUAUGCAUGUCACGGAGCCGGGGGGAAUUUGGUCACUGCAACGUACCGCGCUGCGCUGAGCCUCAAAGCGCAACUCUACCGCCAAGCAUCUCCGCAUGGUUUUAAUCUUUCUAUCGAUCUGUUUGGAAUUUUAUAGCCGAGAUGGUAGAAUGCAGACUCUGUAAUAUGCAGAAACUAUUGGUUUGGUAACGUGUAAUAAAUGCUGAACUUUUUGGGAUGCCAGAAGCUCUCUCCUCUGACAGGGAGUUCUCUCUGGCAACCAUGGAGUUAAAGCUCCAUCUCAGUCUGUUUUCUCAGGGUUUCUCUGGUUUUGCCCUUUAGACUUUAUAAAUAAAAGUGUUUUAUUUAAAUGAAA